GGGCAGAGCAGACCUGUGAGAUCUCUAGGCUGCGCUCACAUGCGGUUGCCUCCGAGCAGACAGAGAAUAGCUUUUCUCCCAAGAGAGACUCACGACACAUCGUCGUUCCUCUCCGCCAGACGUCCGCACUAAGCAGGGAGAUCCUUCACUUCCCUGACAUGUGAAGAAGAGGAUUGAUUGAGCACAACAGCAGCAGCAGCAGCCGCAGCAUCUCUCUGCCUUUCACUCUGGAGGUUUGGGAGUUUUGGGAUAUUUUUCUACAGAAAUAUCUCACUCCAGAAACCUUGCAUCAGGACACAGAGGAAGGCUGGCCAGCAGACAGGUCACUGAGGAUUUUAUUCCCCCAAAGUCAAUGAGCUGCUGUCUUCAGCUGCCACGUUUGCAGAUCCUACAGGUGGCACUUUGAGCAACUGUUGAGGUGUGUGUAUACCUAACGCCUUGGGUGAUUGUUGCUGCUGCUCAUGCGAGUCUCAAAAAGGUUUGUAAGCAAAUCAGAACUCCACUCCUAACAUCACCAAUGAAGAUGACCCCGAUGCAGAAGCUGCUCCAGCUGCCGGCUAAUGCCGUGAACAUGGUGAAGACGGUGCAGGGGGUAGCGCAGGGCCACGAGGAAGCGCGUAGCCCUGUGCUCACCCCAGAUGGUGGGCUGCAGAACUGGUACAAUGCUGUGCAGCCAGAGGAGCUACGCCACCUCCGUACUUCCAGCACAGCCGGAGGAGGAGGAGGUGAUGCAGGAGAGGGGGGAGGCACUCAAGAGGAAGGGCUCCCCAGUGCUCAGACGCAACCCCUGCGGCAUGAUGACUUGAAGGAGAUGUUGGACAGCAACAAGGACUCUCUAAAGCUGGAGGCUAUGAAAAGGAUCGUCGCAAUGAUUGCCAGAGGGAAAAAUGCAUCUGAUCUCUUUCCUGCUGUGGUGAAAAAUGUGGCUUGCAAGAACAUCGAGGUCAAGAAGCUGGUGUAUGUGUAUCUAGUGCGCUAUGCUGAGGAACAGCAGGAUCUGGCUCUACUCUCCAUCUCUACCUUUCAGCGAGGACUCAAGGAUCCUAAUCAACUCAUUCGUGCGAGUGCUCUGCGUGUUCUGUCCAGUAUCCGAGUCACGAUCAUCGUGCCCAUUAUGAUGUUGGCCAUUAAAGAGGCUGCUUCUGAUAUGUCUCCAUAUGUCCGCAAGACUGCCGCUCACGCCAUCCCCAAACUCUACAGCCUGGACCCUGAGCAGAAAGACCAGCUAAUUGAAGUCAUAGAAAAGCUGCUUGCUGAUAAAACCACUCUGGUGGCAGGCAGUGUGGUGAUGGCAUUUGAGGAGGUUUGUCCAGAGCGGAUCGAUCUGAUCCAUAAGAAUUACCGUAAACUCUGCAACCUGCUGAUUGACGUGGAGGAAUGGGGCCAGGUAGUUAUCAUCAACAUGCUCACCCGCUAUGCCAGGACUCAGUUUCUCAACCCCAACAUGAAUGAGUCUCUGCUGGAGGAAAGUGGAGAGAAGGCUUUUUAUGGUUCUGACGAUGAUGAUGAGGAUGAGGAUGAUGAUGACGAAGAUAAGAAGGCUGAGGCAGCUGCCCUUGCCAAAAGGAAGCCAUACGUUAUGGACCCCGAUCAUAGACUGUUGCUCCGAAACACCAAACCUCUGCUACAGAGCCGCAAUGCAGCUGUGGUGAUGGCAGUUGCUCAACUCUAUUUUCAUCUAGCUCCUAAAGCAGAGGUGGGCGUUAUUGCCAAAGCACUGGUGAGGCUGAUGAGGAGCCAUAGUGAAGUCCAGUAUGUUGUUCUUCAAAAUGUCGCAACUAUGACCAUCAAAAGGAGGGGGAUGUUCGAGCCAUACCUAAAGAGCUUCUACAUCCGAUCUACUGACCCAACACAGAUCAAAAUUCUUAAACUUGAAGUGUUAACCAAUCUGGCAAAUGAAACCAACAUAUCUACCAUUUUGAGAGAAUUUCAGACCUACAUCAAAAGUAUGGAUAAAGACUUCGUGGCAGCAACCAUCCAGGCCAUUGGCCGCUGUGCCACCAAUAUCGGGGAGGUGAGAGAUACCUGCCUUAAUGGUCUCGUCCAACUCCUCUCAAACAGAGAUGAGCUGGUAGUAGCAGAGUCAGUAGUGGUGAUUAAGAAGCUCCUGCAGAUGCAGCCUGAGCAGCACAGCGACAUCAUCAAACAUAUGGCCAAGCUCACAGACAACAUACAGGUCCCAAUGGCGAGAGCGAGCAUCCUGUGGCUGAUUGGUGAGUACUGUGAGCAUGUUCCUAAAAUUGCCCCUGAUGUCCUAAGGAAGAUGGCAAAAAGUUUCACCAACGAGGAGGACAUUGUCAAGUUGCAAAUCAUCAAUCUGGCUGCCAAGCUCUACCUGACCAACUUCAAACAGACCAAGCUCCUUACACAGUAUGUGCUCAAUCUGGCAAAGUAUGACCAGAACUAUGACAUCAGAGACCGUGCACGGUUCAUCCGUCAGCUCAUCGUCCCCGUGGAUAAAAGUGGAGCACUGAGUAAAUAUGCCAAGAAGCUUUUCCUUGCUCUUAAACCUGCACCAGUGUUGGAGUCUCCGUUUAAAGACAGAGACCAUUUUCAGCUCGGCUCGCUUUCUCACCUGCUAAAUACCAAAGCAGGCGGCUACCAGGAGCUGCCCGACUGGCCCGAAUCAGCGCCUGACCCCUCCGUGCGCAACGUGGAGGUUAUUAGGCUGCUUGAAAGAGUCACGAAUCUAACCAGCGUUCCAGAGUGGACUAAAUGCACCAGUAGGAAGGAGCGCAAGGAGAAGAAGGUGGAGAAGCCUUUCUACUCUGACUCAGAGGGAGAAUCUGGCCCCACCGAGUCUGCUGACAGUGAGACCAACACCAGCAGCGGGUCCGAGAGUGGCAGCGAAGAGAGUGGCUCGGGCUCAGAGAGCGAAGAGAGCAACGAGGAGUCUGAAUCUGAUGAGGAGGAGAAGGAUAGAGAGGAAGAGAAGACUAAGAAGAAGAAGAAAGUAGACACAAUCAAAUUGAAGAAAACAGAACUGAGUGCAGAGAGUGAUCAAAGCAGCGGAGAGGAGCAGAAGAGAACCAGGAAAGGAAGAAAGGAGCAGAAGAGAUUGUCUGAGUCCGAGAGUGAAGAGGACAGUGAGUCUGAAAGCAGCGAGUCGGAUUCAGAGUCAGAGGAAGAGUCAGACUCGGACAUGGACACAAGAAAGAAGAAGACUCCUGCCUCAAAACCACCACCUACAAAGCAGAGCAAAAAAGAAAGCAAGAAAGAGUCCAAAGAAAUGUCUCUGCUAGAUCUGGAUGACUUUGACCCCACCCCUUCACCUCAGGUGACUCCAGUCAACAACUUCCUGUCCAGCAGCCUGGUGGCAGAUCUAGAAGGGUUGUCACUGACUGACACUGUACUCGCCCCGACAACCAUCUCCCCAUCAGGCUCGAUUAGGAUGUAUGAAUUAUUGCAUCGUAUCACAGGAGAGGGUCUGGCAGUCGAGUACUGCUUCAGCAGGCAGCCCUUCAGCCCUGAUCCGAACAUGGUGGCUGUGCAGAUCCAGUUCACCAACAACACCAGUUCAGAGACCAAGAACCUACACAUUGAAGAGCCCAAACUGCAGUCUGGUAUGAGGAUCAAGGAGUUCACUGAAAUCGAGGUUUUACCUGCAGGCGAAUCCAUAACUGUUGUAAUGGGCAUUGACUUCUGCGACUCCACACAAGCAGCAAACUUCCAGCUUUGCACUCACACUCGGAAGUUCUUUGUGUCCAUCCAGCCACCAGUCGGAGAACUGAUGAUGCCUGCUUUCCUGACAGAGAAUGAGUUUAAGAAAGAGCAAGGUCAGCUGAUGGGAAUGAAUGAAAUUUCUGAGAAGCUGAACCUGGGGGAGAAGUGUCAGAGAGAUCAUGUCAUUAUAGAGAGAGUCACUGCUACAGCUAACCUUAGCAGAGUACCUUGUGGCUCGGAGAAAGACUGCAGUCCUCCUCUUCCUCCUCCUCCAUCACCUGUUUCCAGGUUUGCUGGGAAGACUGUGAGCAGCGGCAGUCUCGUGCUCGUCACCGUGGCUAAGAAGGAGGCCAGAGAAGCUCAGCUCACUGUGAACUGUGAGAAGAUGGUGAUUGGUACGAUGCUCGUGAAGGACAUUCUUCAUGCCUUGACGCAGUGACAACCGAGUGCAUAGUUCGACCGAGUACAAGCAAAAACUUGUAGCUAUGUGUAGCUUUGACUCUUUGUGCUGAUUGUUUGACUACACAAUAUUGCACCUAGUAUACACAGCUUGUUGCAUAUUGCUGUCCCUGAAAAGCUGAAAUCGUAGUUUUAUCCACAUUAAGACCUGUGAAUGCUCUGUGUACAAUGUACUCUUAUUGGCCUUUAUUUAUUUUCUCCUUUAGGUUUGCAGAAACGGUGCAUGACAUGACAUAGCAUCUGACCCGGUUUUUAACAUUCCCAAUAACUGUUUGUCUAUUUAAAGUGCGUUUACUUUUAAUUUCUUUAAAUAAAUGGGCAGCACAGAAAAUCUAACUUUACUGUAUUACUGUGCAAAUGCCAGCUGCAGGAUAUGACUAGGAUAUCCUGCUGUAGAAAACACAUGGCCUGUAAUCGGCACUGUUUACACACCGACGGUCUGAAAUGGAGCUCUGAUGAUUGAUUAACAAGCUAAUUCUGGAACAUUUACUAAGGCUCCUUCUCCAGAUCAUUUUUAACAAAUAUUGACAAUCGGAUUUUAGCAAAGCAAAUAUGUGCAUUUUAGAAAAACAGAUCUUCAAAAACCUUUUCAAAUUGUCCAGUCUUUUGUUUCAUAAAUAUUUAA